CACAUUUUCCCUGGAGGAGGGCUGGAACAGCAACAGCAGCAGCAACAGCAACAGCUAUUACUGGAGCAAUGACUGAGUAAGCCUACUCAAGAGGAGGAGGAGAUCUGCCCAAACCCUACAAGCAAGCCCUUGCACACUUUUUGGUUUGGUUUCCUGUGCCCAGCUGGUGGACCUUCCAGUGGUGGGACCUCCUCAACAUGAGUGGAACCUUUGAUAAGAAGAUCACCAGCAUUUUGACUGACAUCUCCAGCUCCCUCAGUUGCCAUGCGGCCACCAAGGACUCCCCUACACUUCCCGAAUCGUCCAUCACGGAUCUGGGUUACUACAGCACCCCACAUAACCAGCACGAGUAUUAUCCCAGCCAAGCUUACACCCAGCCUAUGAACCAUUAUGCGUACCACCCCCAGUUUAACCUCAAUGGGAUUGGGGGUGCUGGGCCGUACUCCCCUAAAUCUGAUUACCCCUACAGCACUUCCUACAGGCAAUAUGGAUCUUUCCGGGAUCAGCAGUUGCCCAGCCAAGAAACAGUUUCAGUGAAGGAAGAACCUGAACCAGAAGUGCGGAUGGUCAAUGGAAAACCCAAAAAGAUCCGAAAGCCACGCACGAUUUACUCCAGCUACCAGCUGGCUGCCUUGCAAAGGAGAUUCCAAAAGGCACAGUACCUGGCACUACCAGAGAGGGCAGAGUUGGCUGCACAGCUUGGACUGACCCAGACUCAGGUGAAAAUCUGGUUCCAGAACCGAAGAUCCAAGUUUAAGAAGUUGUACAAGAACGGAGAGGUCCCUUUGGAACACAGCCCCAAUAACAGUGACUCCAUGGCUUGCAAUUCUCCACCGUCUCCCACCCUCUGGGACAGUAACACCCACAACAACCCAGCUAACAGGAGCCAGCUCCCUCAGCCACUCUCCUAUAACUCUCCCCCAAGCUACAUGGAGGACCACAAUUCUUGGUAUCAUCAUCAGAACCUGAGCGGACCUCACAUACAACAGCAAGGACCUCCGCCCACUACUGGCUCUAUGCAUCACCCAUCUCCGGGGCCUCCUCCCAAUCCUGGAGCAGUGUAUUAACCUCCUUUGUCUCCUUGAUGAAACCAGUGGAGCAGGAAAAGAGGAAUGAGGGAACAGAGAGAGGGAGACAGAGAGGGAGAAACAGACAGACAGUGACAAGUCAAAACUCUUUGAUGUGUUUCGUAGGACAUGUACACAUUCCAUCCCAUCUCAGGAACAACUGCCGUAAAGGUUAAGACUUUUGAGAGAUCAUCUAAAAAUAGGGGAAAAGGAAAAGUGGGUGGGAGGGAAGAGACCUUGUGGUCCAUGUUGUAUCUCAACCAAAUUGGUUUCACCCACACUUCAUUACCAACCUUGACUUCCUGCAUGGUUUAUCUGUAGGCAGUUCCUAUCACCACCAUCAGCUUCAUUCGGAAGACCUGUGUAUGGGAGGCUCUGCUUGGUUGGAGAGGAGCCAAGAGUCAACAUGGCACAACCUCAGUUUCCAAGAAGAAAGUAUACAACUGUUUUUCUUGAUCCUCCUCUUGUUUUGUUUAUUUUAUGACAUUUGUUCAUCUUCCCAAGCAAAGUGGUUUAGAGAGGGAUCUCCUUGGAGUAGUCUGAAAGAUCUGGCAGGACUUCAAACACCAAUCAGUGUCAACUGUGACAGAAGUAGGAUUUGUGUCAUUACUCAUCUGUACAGUUAGGGAAUGGGGAACUAUCUAACAAACCUCUUCUCCCUAUUCCUACAUGACAUCCCAGAAAUAAUAUCCAGCUAGACACUUUUUUAAAAGGAAAGUUUAAGAAAUGGCGGGAAGAGGUAUACACUGUCACCAGCAUUUUUAAAAAACACAACUAUAUAUUUUAAUAAAUUUAGGAUUAAAGUCAAUUUCUUAGAAAUAUGUAUGACUGUUAUACAAAACUGGACAGUAGAUAGUGUUAACAUAGUGCUAUUGGAGAACUUGUUAUCACAGAGAAUAGAGAAACAGAGAGCGGUGGUGGAAAGGACCGAUUCUGAUCUCACUGGUAGCUAUCUCAGGUUUACUCCAGAAGCCCUCCAGCAUAUAUACAAGAUUAGGAAAGCCAAAUGGGAGGGCUCAGAACUGGUUCUUCAGCUCGUGAUAAACUGAGGAUAAAAAAACCCAAUGCAGGAAGAAAGGUUCCCAGGUACACUAGUCCAGGUUUAACAUGGACCAUAAUUUGGCUUUUUUUGGUAUGUGUGUGUGUGAGAUAUUCAGGUAGUAUGAACUGGAGGAGGAGUUGAGUCCUAGAACUAUGGAUUGUGAGUGAAAGGUUUUGAUCUCCUUUACAAUUCUGCCAAUCUGAGGUCACUCUGUUUUGAACUCAAGUUACUCAAGAGUUACAGGACAGGAAUGUUCAGUUUGGACUGGAUUGGAAGGACAAAAGUUUGGAUCCUUGGUUUAUACCAGUUGCUGUUGCAUAGCAGGGAGGAGGAAGAAGUAGAGGAGGAGAGAACCUGAUCUCAGUUAUCAUAGGUUAUUCCAGGAUUACACCAGGUGUACCAUAACUUAAUGAUAGAGCACAUGCUUUGCAUUCAAAAAGUCCCAGGUUCAAUCCUUGUAUCUCCACGUAAGGCUGGGAAAGACUCCGUUUGAACCCCUAGAGAGCCACGGCAAGUCACUGUAGGCCAGGAUGGGAAACCCGUGGCCUGUAGAUGUUCUUGGACUCCAACUCCCAUUAUCCUUGACUAUUGGCCACAUUGGCUGGGACUGAUGGGAGUUGAAGUCUAACAACCAUGGUGGGCCACAAAUUCCCUGUCCCUGGUAUAGACAGCACUGAGCCACAUGGACUAAUGGCCUGAUUCAGUAUAAAACAGGUUCUGUGUUCCUAUUAGGACUGCAAUCCGGUAUCCAGUUUCAUAGGAGUGAACCCCUCUGAACUCAACAGGACUUUUGAGUAGAUAUUGUGCUGCAAAAGACCAAAUUUUUUUUUUGCCAAAACCAAAAUCCCAGUUUAGAAAGGGAAGAGAAAUCCUAACCCUUUCAAUGUCAAUAUCCAUGCCUUCUCCAGGUUCAAAUCAGAGGUGCUUCAGCAUGGCAUCAGAAUUACCACAACAUUUAAAAGAUUUGGGUUGCAUCAGAUGCAAAUUUACACCCUGUGAGAAUUUGAUCUUUGUAUUAGGUUUUUAAGGGGUUGGAUGGCGGAGAAAUGUUUAUUUAAAAAUUUAGGAAAAUAUUUAAAAUACUUUGGGGAUAAUUUAAGUUAUUUUUUCAGAAAAAAGUGAAAAUUGUCUUAAGUAUUGUGCUACUUAUGUCAUUUUAAGCUAUUGUCCAAGAGGAAAUCUUAUUUUUUAAAGAAGAAAAAAGAACAAAUCCAUCUUGGAUUUUUUUUAAAAUAAACAGAGCUGUGUGUGGGUUUUUUAAAACAAAAAAGAGCUACAAUUUUAAUAAGCAUUAUCUUAUGUUGUACAGUGUCAAGGUUGCUAUUUAUGUCACCUUGUAUAAUAAAUAAGGAGAGAAGGGUGAGGGGAAUGUACAUACGGCUGAUUUGUAUAAAGCUUAUUUUAAAUUUCAAAAGUUUCUUUUUUAUCUUGGCUUUGAAAAAAAGGAGCAAUGUGAAGACUUUGCUUGAACUUCUUUCUGCUUUGGUAGUGAACAGAAACUUUCUUGUAUAAUGUUA